GUAUUAUUCCGGCCAAUUGGGUACGUCUUUGGUGUGUGUGUGUGUUGUCUUUUGCGAGAAAAGAAGAAAUUAGAAACGUCAUUUACCGACUCCGUUGACCCUUCCACUUUUUGCACCCAUCCGGGUUUAUUUUUUCUCUGAGGCGUGGUCUGAAAAGAAGAAGAUGAAAGAUGGAAGGCGACGCUAGCCCUUCGCGACAUCGUCUGGUACACGUGCGCGGCGGCGCACGGAUGCUCCUCACGGCGCUCUGCAUCUCGCUCCCCCACUGGGCUCAAAACAACCUUGCGUCGUUGCUGAGGCUCAUCCCUUUUCUGGCUCUCCUGACGGCGCCGCAGCUUGACACCGCCGUCAUGCGGCGCGUCAUCGAGCCGCUGUUUUUGAGAGCUGUGGCGGAGGUCACGGGCAGCCACGACACGCUUUCGCAGUGGAGACCCGGACUGCACACUUCUCGGUUCCUCGCUAUCGCCUGGCAACUCAUCCUGGUCGGGUGCUUAAGGGAUAAAGACCUGGCCAGGCUGGUCACGAGCUCCCCAUCUCCGUCAAACGACCUCUCGCCGGCGGAUCAGCUAGCCCUUCUCAGCGAUCGAGCCCUGUGUGAGCAUGUGCUGUCAGUCGUGGAGCAGUCCACCCCUGCGUGGUCGCCAGCGAGUCAGCGAGCGGCUCCCAGCGGGUCUGACUCACGCGUAUCGGCAUCUCUCUUUGCCACCACCACACCCGUGGCGUUGGCGUCGUUCCUGCAUCACGUAAUGGCGCGCGCCGGGCACGAACCUGUCACGAUCUACGUGCCAGGGCUGCUCACCGCACCAUGGGCCAACCACCUCACCCCUCUCAUGCGCCAGGUUCGGCGUCGGUACGGGGCGCACGUUGUGGGCUACGAUGUUCGCGUGGAUGCGCGGCUCUACGAGGUGGAUAUGCAUCAUUUACACCGGCUUGACGAACGCUGUCGCGCAAGCAGCAACGUGCGCUCCUCCGCACGCUCCACCACCACAACCGCCACCACGGGGGCAUCGUCUACCGCGGCUGCCUCGCCUCCCCCGUCGACGAGCACGACGUCGGUGCUGCUUCUCGCCAGUCUGCGUGGACGCUCCGUGCACAACCGCGACGAAGCCUUUGAGUUUGCCAAGUCUCGCGGUUGGCAGGUGGUGGAGCUGUGCGUGCCGACUCUGCCUCUCGAUGCGGUGGACUCGUUGGAUGACGCAACGGCGCAGCCGCCGGUCGGGCGGACGCACUUCGCCGUAACCCCCGCGCUGGCAACCCGCCUUGCCUUUUGCACACGGCCCGACGUGCGCAUCACUGCUUUCGACGACGUCGGAAUGUACGGUGGUGCGGUGGUGCAUCUGUGCGUCAACGAUCGACGCCUCAUUCCGCACAUGAUGAAUGCGUGUCAAGUUGGUCUUUCCGAUCCAGCCGGUGCACAGCCGGGUGCAACUCCAGAAGAGAAUGCGGUCCGCAGCAAUAAAGGUCGUCACGUGAAGGGCGCCGCGUUGCACUCUCUUCCCACCAAAGCUAUUACCAGCGCCACCGACUUCACCGUGCGCUGCAGCGAAUUCUUGGCGCACGUCUGGUUUCCCUGGUCGAGGUGUCUGUGCGACGUGCUGCAAGACGCUGAGGUCGCGUCACUCCUUCAGACCAAGACGAGGCUGCAGCAGGCCCUGGCAACGUCGAGUCGCGCUCUUACGCACAAGCUGUGCGGCAUUCCGUCCGUGGUGCAUCGUAACGUAAGGCGCCGGCUGUCUGGUGGUGCGUCACAAACUGGAACGUUCACUGGGAAGAGCGGAACAGUGGGCACCGUCGCGGACACGCAGGAUGCUGGGGCCGGAGAGCAGCACAUCACCGCGGACACCGCUGUAGAGCAGCGCACUGUCUACAUUGCGCACCCGCUGCCGCCUCUCAGCUUGGUGCCAGCACCGACACCACCCACGCAACAGCAGCAGCAUGAUACCGCCACGCCUGCCGAAAAGUACGUGGAGCGAAAAGGAGCCAACGAAAGCGAAGGAGAGGAAGCGAAGUCGUCGUCGCCGUCCUCUCGCACGACGGACGGCGGAGAAUGCGUGGGGGGUGCGCUGACGUCGUGGAUGUCGCGGCUGCCGAAGCGGGAAGCAACGGGAGCCGCCGCGACGGGAGAAGCAGCGGAGGGCACCAAUACGCCUGCGGAGUGGCGCAUCCGUCUGCGCUGGACAGCGAUGCUGCUCGCUGCGUAUGCAACCGCCAUCCCCUGCGCAGAGCCGCCGCCGUUGUCUUCUGCGCCCCCGGCGCGGGGCGCCGCAUGUCUGGCGGCGUACGUUUCGCUUUGGUCCUUCGUCGCGCAGCUGCCGCCGUGGGUCGCGGCCGUCUCCGCCGAGAACGAGGCGUCGCGGCAGAACGACGGUGGCGACUGCCGCUGCGUGGAACUGGCAGCCACUGCCUUGCUGGUGCGGGUGGCCUACCCCGCCUCUCCGCGGGCGGUGGCGCAGCUGCUGUGCGACGAGGCCGCCGUGGACGCGCGGGCGGUGUCAGCCCGUACGUGGGAGGACGACGCCGGAGCAGCCACCGCGGCUCCUGACAAGCCGCCACGUACGCGUGACUUCGCAUUCGACGACGUUCUUGUCAUGCCAGGCUGCGCACACGUCGCGGCGCUCGCGGAGGAGCUGCUGUACAUCCCGCUGAGGUUUUCCAUGGAUGUAAAGGCGCGUGGGGCCGUCUUGCGGGUGCUGUGGGACAAAGUCCCCCACGCCUACGGUAAGGCGGUGGCCACGCCACGACGCAGCGAUGGUGCGCCUGCGACGGCAGUGCGGAGGCUGCAAACGCUUUAUCGGAACUUUCUUUCAGGUACACUUCCCGCGUCCAUCAGCGAAGGCGAGGCAAGACGUGCAGCGUCGAAGGAACGAAAGUACCGCCCUCUUCGCCCUUGCAGCACCAACCUCAGCGUCUCCGAUCUAGACGUGGAGCGGGCACAGCAAGCGAUCUUCCACAACGCGCAGUCCGCGGUCGCAGCCGCUGUUGUGACGCCGUCGUGUAUGAUGGAUGCCACGACGUCCCUCGUACCACUGGCGAAGAUCGCUGUUUUGCAAAAGGUGUUCUCGAAACUGUAAUCCAGUUUUUGUGUUUAUGCGGAGGAAAAUGGGAAAGAUAUAAUUAGAAAAAAACGAGGGAGACACUCGUUAGUGUCAUAUCUCCGUUUCUGUUAGCCGUGAAGCGUUGGUCCAUUCACAGUGCAUCGGCAUCCAUUGGCUGCGUGGCUCGUGGAGUGUGUUUGGUUUGUCGCUUUCUUCUCCUUCUCUUCUUCGGUUAUGUUCGCCGUGUGGAAGGUGUUCAUCACACGCCUGUACCCACGUGGCUUCACUGAACCGAGAAAAGAAAAAAGAAGCAGCGUCUGCCAUCAGACUCGGCUAUAUAAUUCUUUGCUUUUUCUUUCCAUUUCCACGCUCAAGAAGCAAGCGAUCUCGUUGCGUCGCUGUGCAUUCGCCAUCUACCGACGCUGUAUCGGUCAAUUUAUUUGCUAUUACCGCGUGUUUUCUUUUUCUUUUCUGUCCCUCUAUACAUAUGUGUGUGCUCAAA